AUGAUAGCUGCCAGCAGGUGGCUCGCUUACCGUGGAAGGUUCCUUCCUCUGGGACGAGCUGCCUUCCGCAAGACGCUUUCCCGCGGCCGGGCGCAGCGGUCGCCCGAAAUCCUACUGCCGCCAUGGGUAGCGGUUCACGAGCUGCGUUUGAUGCUACGCGUAAACUACACGGCGUGCCUCCGUGCCUGCAACGUGUCUGUUACGAGGGGUAGCUACACAUGGAGCGACGUACACGGGCGGAGAUUCCGCUGCGAAAACAAGCGCAACGUUUUGGUCCCCUUCGAGUCGGCCGCAGUGGCCAGCCGCGCCUUUGGAUUCCAGGCCAUACGGGUCAGCCCCGAGCCUCCAACGCCACAGCGAUGUGUAACCCCCAACGCUCUACCCGUCUUGGCGAUCGUAGGCCACAAGGACCACGGUAAAACGACUUUGAUGGAGAGGCUAACAGGGGAACGUAUGGCUGCAGAGGAGCCGGGUGAUACCACACAGCAGGUCGUAGUACGGGAGGCGUCCAUACCGACCGGCGGCGAGCCGCUGCAUGCCACCCUUCUAGACACGCCUGGUGAUGAGUUGUUCGAGGUGGUGCGUGGACGUGCAAUUCACAUAGCUGAUGCUGCUGUCGUCGUUAUGUCAGCGGAAGGGGGCGAAGCACAGACAAGGGACGCCAUACUACAAGCUGACCGUUUCAAGGUGCCCGUGGUUUUCUGCAUCAACAAGGCUGAUCUAGAGUUCAGCGAUGCCAAAGUGGCCAUCGCCGAGCUCCGAACCCAAUGCAUACAAAUGUACAAGGCGGGUCUAAUUGAAUCCGACCUUAAAGAUUGCGUCGACAAUGCCGUUGCCAUUAGUGCACGUACAGGGGCAUGUCUGCCUGAGCUGGGGGCAGAGAUCGCUCGCAGACUUUCCAAGGUGACACUCCCAACGAAUCCAGUAUUUCUGGCGGAUGUCUUUGGCGGGGUGAAGCUUGCACAGGUGGAGGACUUUAUCCGAAGGACCAAUUGCCUGGUCAGCAGCGGAGCGCCCCCGAUCGCAGUGUGUUUUGUGCUGGAGCUGGAGAGGACCCACUCCUUCGGCGUCAUGCUAACGGUGGUAGUCCGUCACGGCGUGUUAAUUGAGGGGUGCUACUUCGUUGCCGGUACCGAAUACGGCCGUGUGUCGGGCAUUUACCCGCCUCACGGUAGGGUCGCCCCUGACACCAAGAUAGAGCGCGCUGCAGUGGGCCGCACAGUGCGCGUCACAGGCCUGAAAACGGUCGAAGGCACAAGUGCAGAUGAUUUGCUUCUGGUGCUGCCACAGCACGAAGCGUUUCGUUUGAGCCAGUACCGCAAAGAGGUACAGCUGCUUCGGUCGCAUCAGGUAGAGGGCCCUCCGCUCGAGGUGCCUUGGGCAGUCCUUCUGAAACCCAAGGAAGACGCAGGGUAUGACGUAACGUCAACAUUGCAGCACGAACCGGAUAAUAGCGAGGCAGAGUCGGCUGAAAAUCGCAGUGAUGAUGACACCGCCGUCUACGAUGACGCAUUCCCCAGCACGUCCAUAUACCUCCGCCCCGUCGAUGACACAGUAUCUGGUAGUGGGGAGAUCGGGGUGGAAACAGAUUAUGAAACAUGUGAUCAACCCUAUCCCGAGAACGCAGAUAACGAACCAUCGACUAGCACUACAGCGGAUGAUGACUCGGAUGAUUGGAGCGAGGUGGAGGCCAGCCCACACGACGAGUGGGCUUCCAAGGUGGAAGAGCAGAAUAAAGCGCUGCUAGAGAGGUGGAGGAGCAAAUUGCCUCCUCUCCCAGCGAAUAAUAAAACACCCAAGGCACACGGCGGCAUCGAAGCACCCGCAGUGACUCCGGAUAUGGGAAGGCCCGUCAUACCGGUAAUCCUGCGAGCCAACUUUGUCGGCACAUUCGACGCCCUGCUCGACGGUUUCGAAGCGCUGGAGAAGAAGCAUCGCGUCAGGAUCCCUGUGGUACACGGAGGGCUGGGGUCGGUUUCUCCCAACGACAUCGUGCAGGCGGAUAUCGGAAACAAAUUCGGCCAUUGCCCAGUUUACGCGUUCCAGGUACCGGUACUCAACGACGCUGUCAAGCACGCCGUUAUCAACCACGUUACAGUGAAGCAGUUCAACGUUUACUCCGACCUGCUUGCCGACGUGGAGCGGCGUUGCGAGAGCGCUGUGCGGCGAAUGGAAGAGAAGCGGUCUCGUGAACUGCUCCGUCGGUGA